GUGGUUUUAUCCACUUGGCUAUUGGACCAAUUGGAAUUCCAAGAAAAACUGGUGAGAAUUCAACUGAAAAAACUGUUCAGUUGAAUUCUCACCUUUUUCCAUUUAAACUGCCUGUAUCAGACAAUAAAAUCUAUAAAGGAAAUCGGUUUGUAUUUCGUAACAUGAUGGAAAUCAAACUGAGGAGUAUUAAAGUACGCUUCACAUUAUAUAGGUAAUCGAAAUGAAUCGCUGGAUGGGUAGAGUGGCUUUGGUAACGGGUGCUUCUGUGGGUAUAGGUGCUUCAAUAUGUAGAGAAUUAGUAAAAAAUGGAAUGAAAGUGAUUGGUUGUGCUAGAAAUGUAAAUGCUAUUGAAAAAUUAGCUGGAGAAUUGGCAUCACACUCUCCAGGUGAAUUGCUACCAAUAAAAUGCGAUGUGACGAACGAAUUGGAAAUUUUGAAUGUUUUUCAAAAAAUUCGAGAACAUUAUGGACAAAUUGAUAUAUGUAUUAACAAUGCUGGCAUAUCUAAAGUCUGUCCUUUAAUGAACGGCAAGACAGAUGAUUGGAAAAAUAUUAUAGACGUUAACGUUCUCGCAUUGUGCAUUUUCACCCGCGAAGCAAUAACACUGAUGAAAGAAAAAGAAAUAAAUGACGGGCAGAUAAUACAUAUCAGCAGUAUACUUGCACACCACGUUAUGUCACAUACUGGAUUAAGUUUUUAUUCGGGAACGAAGCAUAUGGUAAAAGCAUUGGCAGAAGGAUUACGACAGGAAUUAAGAGCCGAGAAAAGCAAAAUAAGAGUUUGUUGCAUCAGUCCUGGUAUAGUGGAAACAGAAUUUCUGGAAAGGAUGUUGAAAAAUCCUGAACUUGCUAAACUUACCUAUAAAAACCGUUUAUCUCUUCAACCCGAAAACAUAGCCAAUGCUGUUUUAAAUGUAUUGAAAAUGCCAGAUUAUGUUGAUAUUAAUGACAUCAUUGUUCAAACUACAGAAUGA